AGGAGGUUUGUGGCAGUUUGUUGUCAUCUCCAUCCAAUAGUGAACCGCUACAUUGUAUCGGCACGGUGUCUCAUUUUCACCCGUAAUUUUUGUUUCAUAAUAUUUAUACCCGCUUAACGCUUCCUGCAAAACCAACUUAUUAGGUUGUAGGAAAGCUUUUGAAAAAAAUUGAAAGCGGCGGUUGAAGUUAAUUGUUAAAAUAUAUAACCAUGGUGCUGUUAGGUAGUUCGCGAAAGACAAGCAAGGAGGGAGAGUUUAAUUGAUGACUUCUUGGAGGAAAAGAAUGGGUGCUUGCGGGUAGCAUUAAAAAUAAUUUCCUGAAGCAAGUGAAGGAAAUGAAUGUAAAGUUGGGUAGUUAACGCACAAAAGAGAGAAAGAGAGAGGGGAGUCUCCGCUUGGACCGAUGAGGAGGAGAAGAGGAUGAGAGGAUGACGUCUCGGUCCUUGUGGAUGUUCUCUGACUUUCUGAGGCCACUGCUCUACUUUGCUGCCGUAAGGUAGAGCAGCCCAACUCUGCCUGGGAAGCAGCAUCAGACUAUCACACAGACCACCCUGUGAAGAUUUCUCCUUUUAAUGGAUGCCCGAGUGGCUCUGCCGAUUGUAUGGACAGGUCUUGUCCUGCUGACAGCCAAGUUGAAGUGGAUUGAAGCUGCCCAAAUCUUCACCAACACUUGGGCUGUCCAGAUCAAUGGGGGCCCUGGGGAGGCUGACCGCAUCGCCAGGGAGCAUGGUUUCAUCAACCAAGGCAAUGUUUUUGGAGAUUAUUAUCACUUCAGGCACCAUGCCGUGGAGAAGAGGGCAUUGUCAGGCCACAAGGGAAUACACAUCAGACUGCAAAAAGAACCACAGGUCCUGUGGGCGGAACAGCAAGCGGUGAAAAGAAGAAAGAAAAGGGACAUCUUUGAAGACCCCAUAGACCCAGAUUUUUCCAAGCAGUGGUACCUGUCCAAUCCAACACAUCAAGACUUGAAUACGAAAGCAGCCUGGGCUCAAGGGUACACUGGGAGAGGUGUAGUGGUGACCAUUUUGGACGAUGGAAUUGAAAAGGACCAUCCUGACCUCAUCGCCAAUUAUGACCCUGACGCAAGCUAUGAUGUUAAUGAUGGAGAUACUGACCCCCAACCGAGAUACACACAGAGAAAUGAGAACAGACAUGGGACUCGGUGCGCAGGGGAAGUUGCAGCUGUCGCCAACAACGGAAUAUGUGGUGCAGGUGUGGCCUAUAACGCAAAAAUUGGAGGAGUUCGUAUGUUGGAUGGGGAGGUGACAGACCUGGUGGAGGCUCACUCUCUAAGCCUUAACCCUCAGCACAUCCACAUUUACAGUGCGAGCUGGGGCCCGGAGGAUGACGGCAAGUCGCUGGAUGGCCCUGCCAAACUGGCCAAGGAGGCUUUCCUUCAAGGAAUAACCAAGGGACGCGGUGGACUGGGCUCCAUCUUCGUCUGGGCCUCAGGCAACGGUGGCCGCGAACAGGACAGCUGCAACUGUGACGGCUACACCAACAGCAUUUACACGCUGUCCAUCAGCAGCACCACAGAGUCGGGCAACGUGCCGUGGUACAGUGAGCCCUGCUCCUCAACGCUGGCUACCACCUUCAGCUCUGGGAAUCCAGGGGAGAAGCAGAUAGUGACCACAGACCUGAGGCAGAAAUGCACAGACUCUCACACAGGAACGUCUGCCUCGGCCCCACUAGCUGCUGGGAUCAUCGCUCUGGCUCUGGAAGCAAAUAUGAACCUAACCUGGAGGGACAUGCAGCACCUGGUGGUGAGGACGUCUCUGCCCGGGCACCUUAUUGCCGGAGACUGGAAGUCCAAUGGAGUGGGACGCAUUGUGAGUCACUCGUAUGGAUAUGGUUUGCUAGAUGCAGGUGCUAUGGUGAGUUUGGCACAGAACUGGACAAAAGUGGGACCACAGCACCAGUGUGUUCUGACAAUGCUCACAGAACCAAGAGACAUCAGGAACAAGCUGGUAUUCAGCAAGAGCGUGGAUGCCUGUUGGGGACGACCGGAGUAUGUCCGAUCUCUGGAGCACGCUCAGGCUCGCCUCACUCUUUCCCACAACAAGCGAGGAAAAUUGGCCAUUCAUCUCAUCAGCCCGCUGGGCACACGUUCCACCCUGCUGUUCCCGAGGCCUAAUGACUAUUCUUCCGAGGGGUUCAACGACUGGGCCUUUAUGACCACCCACUCAUGGGAUGAGGACCCGCAAGGAGAGUGGACCCUAGAAAUAGAAAAUGUUGCAGCUAAUGGACGUGACUAUGGUGUGUUGAGUCAGUUCACCCUCACGUUGUGGGGCACCGGACCCAGUGUUGUUAACACCUCGUCGCCCGACUUCCCACGACCUUCGAACAACAGCUGCAAGACGUUCGAUGCCCAGCAGAUCUGUAUCGAGUGCAGCCUGGGCUUCUCCCUUCUCCUCCAGGGUUGUGUGAAGUUUUGCCCCCCAGGCUUUACAUCAGGCCCACAGCUCCUCAACCUCUCUCUUGAGAACUGGGUGGACUUGUCCUCCGUGCAGGCUUGUCUGCCUUGCCACCCCUCCUGCCUCACCUGCUCAGGCCCAGGACCUACAGACUGCCUUUCUUGUCCACCUCACAGCCACCUGGUCCUCACCUCCUGUCUGCACCAGAACCAAGUCCUGAGGAAAUCCCCUCUUACAGGAGGACUGGAGGGUAAAGAAGCUGAGCCAGAGGUAAAGAGACCAGCAGAAGCAGACAACAACAGCGGAGAAGCUGAGGAUCCGCCGGGACUCAGUGCAGCCCCGCCCUCUCAACUUCCUGUCAUCGUGGCAGUUCUCAGCUGUGCCUUCAUCCUGGCUGCCUUCGUCGGGGUCUUCUUCUUACUCCAGGUGCUCUCAGGAGACGCGUCUUUGGCCUGGAGGACCAAACUGCCCUGUGUGUUUUCAGACACUAGGAGGACACGGCUGGGCCUCGGUUUGACCUUCCAGCAGGGGCGGGAGUGGAAGGCUCGGAUAUGCUACAAGGGAAUCCCCACUGUGUGGGUGGACGAGGAUAUGAUCGCAUAUGAGUCUGAAUCAGACAGCGAGGAAGUGGACGGUCACAGCGAGAGGACAGCUUUUAUCAAGACGCAGAGCUUGAUGUAGCUGGAUCUGUUUCAGCUGCUGAGGUUUCUCACACCUCGGUGCGGAGGGUGUUGGAUCUGACUCUGCAGAGGUGAUACAAGAAAAACUGAAACACAGGCCUUACUGUCCCAUCGGCACCCAUCCUAAUGCAUUUUGUAUUUAUUUACCUUUUAAUAAUUUAUCUGAUUUCAUUGACCACUUUAUGUGUGUUAUAUUCUGCGCUUAACUCUGUCACCUACAUAGGCCGUUGCAAAAGUUUAACUCUUUUUUUCAUUGGGAUGUUAUGUGAUAGGUGGCACAUAAUUGUGAGGUGAAAGAAAAGGAUACAAAAUUUUUCUUCUACAAAUAAAAAACUAUAAAGUAGAAGGUACACCUGUACUCAGCCCUGCAAAAUACUUUAUAGAACCAUCUUCUGCUGCAAUCACAGCUCAGUUUUGUAGAGUAAGUCUCUACCAGCUUUGCAUAUCUAACAUAUUUCGAGGAUCGUCUUGUAUUUGGCUCCAUUUACCCUCACAUCAACUCUGACAAGUUUACCUGUCCCCUAUGAUGUAAAGCCUCCCCACAGCAUAAUGCUACCAAACCCAUAUUGUCUUUAGGAUCACAGGGAGUGUCUUUGGUCACAAAAAGCAUUUUUGUUGUAGGUCUCAUCUGACCUGAGCACCUUCUUUCACAUGUUUACUGUGUCCCCUCCGUGGCAUUUGGCAAACUUUAAAUCGGACUUCUAAUGACUUUCUCUCUACAACACCUUUCUCAUUGCCGCUACUUUGUUAGGGCCAGAUUUGUAGGGUGCGUGACUAAACGCUGUCCUGUCAACAGAAUUGCUAAUAACGUGACUUUUAAAACCAAUGGUUUGUACUAGAUUUGAUUUUAUGGUAUCAGAGUAGAAGGCGGCUGAAUACAAAUGGACAUAACACUUCUUAAAUCUUUAUUUGUAAGAAAACAAUUAGGCCGUGUACUGUUUUUCUCCUAUUUCACAAUUAUCCACUACUUUCAGUUGGUCUAUCAUGUAAAAUCCCAUUAAAAUACAUUAAAGUUUGAGGUUGUAAUGUGACGAAAGGAUGAAAAGCGUAAGAGGUAUGAAUACUUUUGCAAUGCACUGUUAGAUGUGUUAUGUGCAAAUAUUGUACUCAUCUGUAACCAUUCCUAGAACUCAUUUGGUGCAGAUGGUUAAGAUAAUUGGGCUCCAGUAAAAUAUAAGAACAGUUAAAAUGAAAGCAGGUAAAAGGUAAAGUGUCUAUGUACACCACAUACUAUGUCUCAGAUAUUUCCCAAAAUGCAAAGCUAUAACCAGUGUUAUAUGAGCUCUCUCUCUCUCCAUGCUAAAUGUCCACCAACAUAAAAGCACAUACGUUUGGGUUGUAAUGUCCAUCUUUACAUGAGCCACACGAACAUUUCAACCUCAUCCUGAUCAGUAGGAUGGGGUCUGUAAAGAGGGAUCAUAACUUGCUGUAAAAAAAAUAACAUGAAACCUUUUAAACCAUGCAGCUUAUUACUUUAUCAGACACACAUCUGAUAGAUCCCAAAAUCCAAACCAGGCUUUGAUAAUUUUCUGUUUUAUGUAUAUUUAUUUCCUGGCAGAGUGGGGAGCUAGGAGGUUUGCUUGCUGUUCAUUAAUAGUUGGAACACUUUAAUUUGAAGAUUUCUGCGACACAGUGGGACGCCAUAAUAAAACACCCCGCAGGCUCUUUGAGCGGGAAACUAUGGAGGAUGUUCAGCUUCGGUUGAGCCACAGUAGGAAGACAUAUCUGAUAUAUCACUCAGAAAAACUUACUGGCUCAUAGAAAUGCAAGUUUUUUUUAAUUUCCUUUUUAAUAACUUUAUAAGAUCAGUUAGCCCAAAGCUGCCUGGCGACCUUUGGCUGCUUUGUCCCAAUCAGUAGCUGCUGGAUCAUUUUCUUCUCAUUUUCCCCUCAGAGUGUGCAGUAUAUUGAUUUCAGGAGCUGCUGUGCCAGAACAUUUUCAUCAAGGUGAAGUUCCCUCCCUUUCUAUUGUCAGCUCCAUACAUUAAAAAGACAUCCACAUGCUUUAUUUCCCAUCUGUGUAGACUUGGCUCUACACAGGCUCAAUCAAAGCCUUUGGAUCUAAAGGCUGGAAUAAUUACUGCAGUUACUGAAAAAAUUAGAUAUCUUAAAUUGCAUUUUCUAUAUUUGUUUUAUAGGUCUUUUUUAAUUGAACUGAUAAUGGCUGUUUAAAGUUGUGGAGAAGAGUUUCAUGCUGGAUUAAAAAGAUGUUGACAGUG